UCUGAUUUAGUCGAUUCUCAUCAUUCGUCGAAAGUUUCCGCUCCACAUUUGAUCGCCUAAUUUUCUUUGAAGCUCCGAAGUGUUCUGAAUAAUUCUGACAUCAUGGCAACGUUGAAAUACAAAGAACCUUCACCCUACAAAAAACCAUCAGGACAACGAGCACCGAACGAGGACUACCUCUACAAAAUGCAUGAAGAAGAUUUAGCAUUGAAGUGCGACCUUGAAACCAAUUCUGUCCUCAAUGUGGCUAUAUUCGGGGUUGGCCGGGCCGGAACGAUUCACUUGAGAAAUAUCGUCGAAAAUCCCAGAUGUAAAUUGCUGUAUGUCGUCGACGAUAUGGAAUCGAAAUGGUCGAAAAUAAGGAAACAUUUCCGAUUAGAUGGCGUCACAUUCCUUACCAGUAAGCAAGCGGAAACCGUUUAUCGCGAUGCAAAAGUUCAUGCCGUAGUUGUCGCAUCACCCACUUUCACGCACGAAGCAAUCGUCAUAGAUGCACUGAACGCUAAAAAAGCUGUGUUUUGCGAGAAGCCCAUAGCGGAAACGCGUGCGAAUGCCGAAAAAUGUUUUGAGGUGGCAAAAAAAGUCGGUCAGCCACUGCUUACAGCUUUCAAUCGACGCUUUGACCCGAGCUACGUGGCAGUAAGAGAUCGAGUGCGUAACGGUGAAAUUGGCCAUGUUCAUACCGUGAAGAUUGUUUCGCGCGAUUCACCGUUGCCAACACUUGAUUAUUUGAAGACAUCCGGUGGAAUUUUCCACGAUUGUAUGGUGCAUGAUAUCGAUGUGAUGAUUUGGACAUUGGGCGAAUAUCCGACAAGUGUCGCCGUUCAAGCAACAGCCAAUUUUCCAGAGAUUAAAGCAAUCGAUGAUUUUGAUACAGUUGCGGCCACACUGAAAUUCGCAUCCGGUACCUUGGGAAUGAUCAGUUUAUCGCGGUAUGCCUGUUACGGCUAUGACAUGCGUUUCGAAGCUUUCGGUCCGAAAGGAAUGGUGCGCGCAGAGAAUGAGCAACCCAUUCAUUGCGUUGAAACUCAGUACGAACAUAAUGGACCGAAUGCUGCACCAAUAUGGUACUCAUUUGCAAGUCGCUUCAAAAAUGCAUACUCGCAAGAAAUGAAUCACUUCUUUGACAUCGUUCUUGGCAAAUGUGAGUCAUCCAUUGUUACGCCAAAAGGUGUCCUGGCAGUGAGCAAAAUAGCUUCCGCUUGUGAAGAAUCUGCUCGUACCAAUAAAAUGGUCGAAUUGCAGUGGUCUGCUGAUGAACUUUCCGAAAUUUAUUGAAUAAAAACUACUGGCUUGACUUGA